CGCCAUCGCCGCCAUGUCCCUGCUCUGCUACAACCGCGGCUGCGGCCAGCGCUUCGACCCCGACACCAACACGGAGGAUUCAUGUACAUACCAUCCAGGUGUACCAGUCUUUCAUGAUGCUCUGAAAGGUUGGUCAUGUUGUAAGAGAAGAACAACAGACUUUUCUGACUUCUUGAGCAUUGUGGGCUGUACAAAGGGUCUCCAUAACAGUGAGAAGCCUCCUGAGCCUGUUAAGCCAGAAGUCAAAACUACCUCUGAGCGAAAGGAGCUGUCUGAACUGAAGCCCAAAUUUCAGGAACACAUAAUUCAGGCACCAAAACCACUGGAAACAAUUAAAAGACCAAGCCCAGAUGAGCCAAUGACAAAUUUGCAGCUGAAAGUGUCUGCUUCCUUGAAACAAGCUUUAGACAAACUGAAACUGUCAGCAGAAAAUGAGGAGAAAAAAGAAGAGGAUGGUGAUGAAAUCAAGAUUGGAACGCCAUGUAAAAAUGCAGGCUGUUCAAAAACAUUUGAAGGACCACAGAGCACAGAAGAUGUAUGUAUAUACCAUUCUGGUGUACCUAUAUUCCAUGAAGGGAUGAAGUACUGGAGCUGUUGUAAAAGAAAAACAUCCGACUUCAAUACAUUUUUAGCUCAAGAAGGCUGUUCAAGAGGAACGCAUGUGUGGACUAAAAAGGACACGGGAAAGAAAGUAGUUCCAUGCAGGCAUGACUGGCACCAAACUGGAGGGGAAGUGACUAUUUCAAUAUAUGCUAAAAACUCUAUUCCUGAUCUUAGUUUUGUAGAAGCGAAUAGCACAAUGGUAAAUAUUCACAUCGUAUUUGAAGGAGAAAAGGAAUUUCAUCGCAGUGUGAAAUUAUGGGGAGUAAUUGAUGUAAAGAGGAGUUAUGUGAACAUGACUGCUACAAAGAUUGAGCUUACUAUGAGAAAAGCAGAGCCCCUAUUAUGGGCAAGUCUUGAAUUACCAGGAUCAAACGCACAACAGCAAACAGAGGAUUCAGAUCAAUAAUGAAUCCCAGAGACGAGUUAUUUCCUAUCAUGAGGUGGUGACUUGCUACUGUAAUCGAGUAUUUAACUUUUAUACACUUUUUUUUAAUGCUAGAUCUUGUCCUUCAGUCUUCAAAGAAAGUUGCUGCACGGUAAAUGAGGUGUAAACUUGAAGAGCAAUAGGUGUCUUUGCUCUUGCUCCCAGAAGUGUAUUUAUUCUAAUUGGAGUGUUUCAAUGGAAAGCUGGAGCUGUUGCCAUUCUCUUAUAUCCUUGCCUGCUGUGCACCAACUUUCCAAACAGAUGCACUCUGUAAUUUUUCAAGUGUUUUGCUUAGACUCGAUCUGCUGGGGUAGCACAUGCUAAAUUCAGUUCUAUUCAUUAUGCAACUUCUAAUAUUAAGGGUAUAAAAUCUGAGUUUAUGAAGCAAUUAACAUGAAAUUCCGCAUUUAGAAUAAAAAGGCUACUUAAAGCUAAAUACAAAAGAACAUUUGUAGGAUCUUCCACUUUUGUCUUCUGAAACUAAUGUGUUGUUACCUCUUGGCUCUGCAGUGAUGGAAUAAAGGGUAUUUUGCAAAGGGUAUAAGUACUUGCUGACUUAUUUGCUGUCUUUUGUAUGUGAGAGCAGGAAAUGAAUGAAAAAUAAAAUAUUUUUUUGCUCCAGUGCCUGUCCCUGGCAUUAGUUCGUGAAAAGUUAAAUGUAAACGGGAAUGGACAGAGAACUGGCUGAAUUAUCCUAUCAAAAAUCAGAGUAUUGUAAUUGCCAGGCUGCUGUCUGUAAUUAUUUGGCAGAGUUAAUAGAAUGUGUAUUAAGUCCUGCUCCACAACAUUCAAAAUUAUGAAUCUUUUUCAAAGUAGGUGGAUGUUUGUAGUAGCAGAAGACAGUGCACAUGGUGGAUACCUGAGAAGGAUUUUGUAUUACUCUACAUAGCUCCUGUUGCUAAUUAUCUUAAUGAACUAAAUUUACCUAUGUGAUGAGCCUAAAGAGAAAUAAUAAGCUUUAAAAUAUGUCUCAAAUCAUAAUUAUCCCCUUCAAUUAUCAUAAUUACACUUUUCAAUUAAAGUGAUUUAAAAAUACAUUUUUAUUUUCAUUUUCCAGUGGUAAAUAUUUAAGGUGCAACUUUGUCUAAGCAGCAGCUUAUGUAGUAAUACUAAUUUCUCAUUCUGCUUAAAACUGCUUUCUCAUUUUGGGUUAGAAAUGAAAGAAAAACAAAUGCUUUCUUGUGGAAGUCAUGCAAAAUAGACCAUUUAUUGUGCCAAAACUUGUAAAGGAAAAUUUGCAUUCAUGUGAGGUUGCAUUCUGAUGCUCAGUUUGCCUGCCUUGGCAGACCUUAGGGCAAAGCAAUUAGUAACCUUUGCAGGAAGAACACUCUGAAGUAAAGAAUUUCUAAAAAUCUUACUUUUUUUGCAGUAGAUGUAAUUCAAUUUGAAUAUCAAGUUCUGUCUUUAGCAGUACUUUAAAAUCCUACUUUAUGCUCAGAAUAGUAGAAAAUACAUUACCAAAGAGCUUCUGUUCCCUUCCUUCCCCACCUGUCCCCAAAGAGUCUAAUACCAAUGUGUAUGAAAUCUGUUUUGGUGAUGCUUCACCUUUGUUUCAAGAUCCUGUUUCCUCAUUGAUUUUGAGGAGGGAGUAUGAUUGCUGGCUCCCUUGGAGAAAGAAAUCCAGCUUUAAGCAAGCUCUAAGUUCUGCCUAAAAGCUUUCUGUUAACUUUUAAUAAUUCCUUUUGAAGUAUACUUGAAAAUGUCAGGUGUUACUCAGUGGUGAGGUGCAAGCUUGCAAAAAUGUGUACCUGAAAAUGGUCCUCCAGAGGUUGUACAGAUAGAUGUCUGUUGUGUUCUGAGCAAACAAGCCAAGUUCCUUUAAUACUGACAGUAGUUACUGAAGUGCAUGACAAAUUCCAGAUGUUGCAACUAAAAGCAGGGCACGUGUAUUUUUGUAAGCAGAACUCAACUUGGAGAGUAAAAUGAGCACUGUAUAAAUGCCAGGAUAAAAUUCUUCUCGAGCAAGUUUUAAAUGUAUAUCUAUUUAUUCAUAUGUGUGUAUACGGACAUGCAUUUGUUAAUGCCUUAUGUUAAUGUUUUUGGUGCUUUAGUUCCAUCUUUUUCAGUAUCAUAGGCUGCAAAUUUAUAUAAUGUAAAAUCCAUUUUAAGGAACAACAAGAGGGGAAAAAAAAAAAAGGAUUUCUGUUUUUAAGCAAGUCACAAUGCUUAAUCAAAGCCAUCAGUCAUAUGAUUCCUGAGCCUACUGACUAUUAAAUUUAGCAAAGUGUAGGUGAAUGGAACUCCUGUUAUUCAGGCUUUACAGUCCAGUAUCUAUUAUACCAUUUUAAAUUGCAUUCUGCAAGGAGCUGAGACACCUUAGCAGUGCAGUAGGUCACAGAAAGCUCCUGCAAACUUUGCCUUCAGAUUUGCUGCCUUUUUUUCCUGGUUUUGUUAAUUCGGUGAGUUGACAGUUCCUGCUCUUCUGUUGCUAAUGCACUCAGCAGAGACCUAUAGUUAUUUCCAGAGUUCCCUAAUGUCUUUUCUAAUCAGUGACAAUCAAACACAGCUUGAACAGGGCAAGAAGAUACAGGUCUUGCAAACAAUAGCUUAAUUUUGCAAGACCUGUGGUGUUUGGGGAAUAAAAGAUGAACUUUCAGAUGCUGUAAGUUACUGUAGGCCUUCUGUUUCAUAAUUUUAGCAGCUUUAUGUAACCAUAUGUAUGCACCCACCACAAAGUUGCAAAAGGUGUUUCACUUGAACCUAAAUGCUUUGAGGAGAUCCUUGCUGCUACUCUGAAGCUGUCUUUAAAAGUGUGUUUGCAUCCUGUAGUGUGGAGCAAGGAGAUCUUGAAAUGGUUAGUGGUUAAGUGGCACUUACAGUUCUCUUUUUACUAAUUUUUCUUAGUAAACAUGGAGAGAAGCUGAAACCACUUGUGGCGCACCAAGUCCAUGUAAUGCUAUUUGAAAGCAAUAUUUGAAAAUGUAGAUAAAUGAUGUUUUGAUCAUACAGGUCUUCACCUGUCUAAUAGAAGUUAAACUAACUAACUGUAUAAAGUGUGAACCAGGAUGUAGUGGAGUACUUGCAGUUAAAUGACCCUUUAUUUCAUGUCUUCAGAAGUUGUACUGUAUUUAACAAGUUGAUUACCUUGCUACAGCCUAGUUAUAUUUUUAUAUUUUAAGGGACUCUAAAAGCUGUACUGUGUUUAGGAAUGCGUUUACAUGUUACACAUGUAGACAGCUGCUUAUAUGUCUCAGAAUUUACCAUUCAGCUACAUGUGUAAAACUGUUUUCUAUCAUAGUCCCUUCUUAAAAGGAGAAAUAGUUCAUGGAUUUCCAAAUUUGUGGUUUUUUCACCCUUAUGUUUGUGCACAUUCUCCUACCGAGUGUUUAUUAUUUUCCUCAACAGAAGAUUUCUGGGAAGUUAUGAUUUGUUUCUGAGGUUAAUGCAUGCAGGCUGUUUUGUUGCUCUGAUUCUUAUAUUUUACAUGGCACUGAUGUAAUUUUACAAAGAAAAAAAAUCUUUCAUCUACUGAUCUGCUAAUCACUUGCAUUAUCAAGUCACCAUUUCGGUAGUUUAAGAACUAGUUUUGCUAGGAAUUUUGCCUUGGGGGGAAAAAAGUCUAUUCUAUGUAAUGAUGCAGUUU